AUGGACUCGGAGCCGGCGCUCCGCCGCUCCAAGCGUGAGCACCAACCCAGCGUCAAGGCUGCUGCCUCAUCUGCGGCUGCUUCUCUCCCUCCGACGUCCUCCAGCGCCUCUCGUCGCUCGCAACGACGCCGUGUACCUCUUUCAGCGUCCCCUGCGUCCACCCCCACGUCCACUCGCAACUCGUCGCCUGUGCGGGGGCCCGUAGCGUCACCCGCAUCAUCCGAACUUGCUUCUGUCGUCGUGGACGCGGUAGGACCGAAUGGUCAGCGACGGCGUGUCCGAGCGGCCGCGCACACAGGCUCCAACUCGAGCGGAACCCCCCAGGGACAACUCUCCUCGACCGUCAAUGGGGUUCACGACGACGGCAAAGUACUGGGCCGGUACUCGAGCCACGUCUGCGCACUGCUAUGCGAAGUGAUCCUGAGCCAAUUGAAGAAGCAAACGCUGGCGCCAACGGUGCUGGACGAGGCCAAAUCUCCAGCCUUCAUCAAGUGGGAACCCGUUGCGAAGAAGAUGGAGACGACACACAAGCUCCGAAUGACGCCUCGAGAGUGUCAAACACUGUGGAAAUUCCUAGCUUAUGGUAACAUUCCGGUGGUCGACACGGACGAAUUGUUACCUGAUUCGGACGAGGAGGAUUUCCACAAAACGCCAGCAGAAAUCAAGGUCCGAGUGACAGCCAGCAGAGAACAGGCAGCACAGGACAAGGACACGACCGAUGUGAAACAUGAACAGGCUGUCACUUUUGACGAGAACAGGGAACAAGAGAACGCUGGUAAACCGGAACAACGCGAGUCAUCCCUGCGGUUAUACCCGACGUACUCGUUGCCAACGGGGGCUCCAGACGCUUGGUAUCGUCCGUUCGGACCCAAAGACGCGCUACCGCUGACGUUCGUCGCGUCCCGAUUCCUGCGACGGAAGCCGACGCCGCCGCUACAAACACUCAUUAGCAAAGCUACAGCUACCGGACAAAUGUUACUAGCAGAUUUGAAGAGAAAGCAGGCAGUUCCAAUAGCUAGCACAGCCGCUAAGAAGCCGAAGCUGACGCCUCCAGUGUCGACCCCCCCGCGCGUCUUCACGCCGUCGUCGACGCCUCCUCCCGCCGCGCAACGAGCGAGAACAGAGCUGGAAUUCUUUGAACUGCGACUUCGAGAAGAACACGCGAAGAAGACACCGGACAUGGAGUUUGAAGUGUCCGCUGCAGACCUGAAGCGGCGAUUUGAGGCCGCGCCAGUGGACGCUCGACACCAGUGCCAAUUGCUGGCUGCACACGACGUGGAGCGAUUCAACCGAGAGGUGGUGCGUGCACGGAUCUGGCAGAAGGCUCUGGGGUCUACAGCAGCGUCGUCGCACACGAAGAGCUCAGGCCCGACGGCCGCUCUGCUGGCUCACACUGCUGCAGUCACUGCAGCUGUAGCGAAGGCCAAGAGAUAA